UUGUGGUGAAAGGUCGCGGGAAGAUGGCGGCUCCCAGAGUCAGUGUUGCUGUGCGGCUGGCAAUACUCACAUUGAAGCAUGCAUCAUCCCACUCCAGGUGCAGCUUUGCUGUCUCUCGUGUGUUGUACUCCACUGUUUCGGAUCUAAAUGAACCAACAUUUGACAAAAUCCUUGUUGCAAACAGAGGAGAGAUUGCCUGCCGGAUCAUUAAGACUUGCAAGAAGAUGGGCAUAAAAACGGUUGCAAUUCAUAGCGAUGUGGACUCCAAUGCUGUUCAUGUUAAAAUGGCAGAUGAGGCUUCCUGUGUUGGACCAGCCCCCACCAACAAAAGCUACCUCAACCUGGAUGCCAUCAUGGAAACCAUUCAAAAGACCGGUGCCCAAGCUGUCCACCCAGGAUAUGGGUUUCUUUCAGAAAACAAAGAAUUUGCCAGACGUCUGGCUGAUGAAGGUGUCACUUUCAUUGGACCCGACACACAUGCUAUUCAGGCCAUGGGAGACAAGAUCGAAAGCAAACUAAUAGCUAAGAAGGCAAAAGUCAACACAAUUCCUGGCUAUGAUGGAGUGGUCAAGGAUGCUGAUGAAGCUGUCAAAAUUGCCAGGGAAAUUGGCUACCCCGUCAUGAUCAAGGCCUCAGCAGGAGGCGGUGGGAAAGGCAUGAGAAUAGCCUGGGAUGAUGAUGAGACCAGGGAAGGAUUUAGAUUUUCUUCACAGGAAGCAGCUUCAAGUUUUGGUGAUGAUCGGCUUUUGAUAGAGAAAUUCAUUGAUAAUCCUCGUCACAUCGAAAUUCAAAUUUUAGGAGACAAACACGGUAAUGCCCUCUGGCUGAACGAGAGAGAAUGCUCCAUUCAGAGAAGGAACCAGAAGGUAGUUGAAGAAGCACCAAGCACUUUUCUGGACCCAGAAACUCGAAGGGCUAUGGGAGAACAAGCAGUGGCAUUAGCCAAAGCUGUCAAUUAUUCCUCCGCUGGUACAGUGGAAUUCCUUGUGGAUUCUAAGAAGAACUUCUAUUUCUUAGAAAUGAAUACUCGCCUUCAGGUUGAGCAUCCUGUCACCGAAUGUAUUACUGGCCUGGACCUAGUCCAAGAAAUGAUUCGCGUUGCCAAGGGUUACCAACUUUGUCACAAGCAAGCUGAUAUUCCCAUCAAUGGCUGGGCCAUUGAAUGCAGGGUUUAUGCAGAGGAUCCUUACAGAUCUUUUGGGUUGCCUUCGAUUGGCCGUCUCUCUCAGUAUAAAGAGCCUCUACACAUGCCCAAUGUCCGAAUUGACAGCGGCAUUCAAGAGGGAAGUGACAUCACUAUUUAUUAUGAUCCAAUGAUAUCAAAAUUGGUUACGUAUGGAGGUAACCGUGCAGAAGCAUUACAGAGAAUGCAAGAGGCACUAGACAAUUACGUAAUUCGAGGAGUGACCCAUAACAUUCCACUACUUCGUGAAGUUAUCAUCCAUCCGCGAUUUGUGAAAGGAGACAUCACCACUAAUUUCCUCCCAGAGGUCUAUCCAGAUGGUUUCAAAGGACAUAUGUUGUCACAUUCUGAGCACAAGGAACUGCUAGCCACUGCUGGAUCCAUUUAUGUCGCUGCUUUGCUGAGGGCUCAGAGAUUUCUUGAACAUUCUACAAGGAUUCCUGCUGCUACACAAGAACAGAAGAGCUGGGAACUGUCAGUACAGCUGGAUGAUGGGGUGCAUUCUGUUACUGUCUCACGAUCAGGGUCAUCCUACAAUGUGGAGGUUGAUGGAAAGACGCUAAAUGUGACCAGUGAAUGGAACCUUGCUUCACCCUUGUUACCUGUCACCAUUGACGAUACUCAAAGGAUCGUUCAGUGCCUUUCCCGAGAUGCAGCUGGCAAUAUGAAAAUUCAGUAUCUUGGCACCGUGUACAAUGUCCAAGUAUUGACCAAGUUAGCGGCAGAACUGAAUAAGUAUAUGCUUGAUAAAGAGACGGACGACACUAGUAAUAUCUUGAUAUCGCCAAUGCCAGGAUCAGUUGUCACCAUUGGUGUUGCUCCUGGGGAUCGGGUUACAGAAGGUCAGGAGGUCUGUGUGAUUGAAGCAAUGAAAAUGCAGAACAGUUUGGCUGCCGCAAAAUCUGGCAAGGUAAUGAAGGUGCACUGCAAUCCAGGAGACACAGUUGGAGAAGGAGAUAUUCUUAUUGAAUUUGAGUGAUGUGUGUGUAUUCUACAGAGGAGCAUUUUAUAUGUUGUAUUUCAAAUCAUGUACGUGGAUUUCUGUUUGUAACUCCCCAAUGUAAAACACUGGUAGUUAUUCCUCAAUGGAUUUUCUGUUUACUACUUCAGUAAUAUUUACUGUCUUUUGCAGAAUAGGAACACUAACUAUUUCCCAUGGUGUAUAGUUGGUAGCAUUGCUAAAUUUUGAAGUUUCCCCCAGUCAGCAGUGUGGAAAUGUGGUAUGACCCUGAGCUGUUAAUCAAAAUAUUUGACCUUGAGGAGGAAUAUUAUCACCAGUUACACAGGGGAGUUAAUAGACGUUUUAUGAUAACACCUCCAAGUUCCUCACAUUUAUUGAUCCACGUUUAUCUAAGAUAAGUAAAAAUGCUUUUCAAAUA